AUGACAUAUGCAUCAUCAUCUCCAAAAACCAAAACACAAGGUUAUGAUGUUUUCAUAAGCUUCAGAGGGGAGGACACUCGAAAGGGUUUCACCAGCCAUUUAUAUGAUGCGUUAACCCGAAACCAUAUUAGAACAUACAAAGAUGACAAGACACUUGAGAUUGGGAAUCCCAUUGCUUCUGAGCUCCUAGAUGCCAUAGAAACAUCAAGAAUUGUCAUUGUAGUUUUAUCCCCCAAUUUUGCAACAUCAAAAUGGUGUUUGGAGGAAAUUGCGAAGAUUGUUGAUUGCAUGAAACAAGGCAAGCUGAUUGUUAUUCCUGUUUUUUACUAUGUGUCUCCGUCUGAUGUGCGUCGUCAAACCAACUGUUUUGAACUAGGAUUUUCCAAUCAUGAAGUCGAUCCUGAAAUUGCACCACAAAAGGUAGAAAGAUGGAGAUCUGCUUUCAGAGAAGUGGGAGAUAUCUCUGGAUUGCAUGUGACACAAUACAGGGAUGAAGCGGAAGUCGUAAGUGAAAUUGUUAGUAGAAUCUUAAAGGACUUGCCUGAUAAAACGCCAAUAGAUCUUCCCAACAGUCUAGUGGGAAUUGAGUCACGGGUGGAUGAAGUGAAAAGAAUUUUGAGAAUGGACUCUACUGAAGUUCUCUUUAUAGGGAUUGGCGGGAUGAGUGGAAUAGGUAAGACUACUCUAGCUGAAGUUGUCUUUGAAAACAUCAAAAAUAAGUUUGAGAAAGGUAGUGUCAUCGAAAACAUCAAGGACAUCUCCAAACAAAAUGAUAGCAUUGAUUUAUGCAAAUUACAACAGAAACUCCUUGAUGACAUUUUGAAGGAGAAAAGCAUUCGUGUUCAAAGUGUUAAACAUGGACAAACUUUGUUGGGGACAAAGCUACGUGGUUUAAAGGUUAUCAUUGUAUUGGAUGAUGUGAAUCAUGUUGACCAGUUGACCUAUUUAGCUGGGGGGCUUGAAUGGUUUGGACCUGGCAGCAGAAUCAUAGUAACCACAACAAACAGAGACUUGCUAAAUCACUAUAAAAUAAAUGAAAUUUAUUUGUGUGAAGAAAUGAAAGGUGAUGAAGCUCUUAGUCUCUUUUCUCAGUCAGCCUUCAAGCAAACCCAUCCUAAUCAUGGUUAUGAAGAGUUGUCGCAUGAUAUUGUGAAGCUUGCUGGUGGUCUUCCAUUAGCUCUUAAUGUUUAUGGUUCUCUCUUAUGCGGAAAGGAUGAAAACUAUUGGAAAGAGAUGUUAAAGAAACUCCGAAAAUAUCCAGAGAAAGAAGUCCUUGGAAGACUAGAAGUAGUUUAUGCAAGACUGGAUAGAGAUCAGCGUAAUGCCUUCAUAUAUAUUGCAUGUUUCUUGAAAGGGAGAAACAAAGAUUUGGUAAAAGAUAUACUAGCUGAUAUUGGUUUGUGCCCUGAAUGUGGAAUUACUGAUCUUAUGAACAAGUUUCUCAUAACUAUCAAUAUUGAAGAUAGUGUGUGGAUGCAUGAUCUGCUGCAACAAAUGUGUUGGGAAAUUCUUCAUCAGGAAUCACAUAAAGAUGAUGGGAAACACAUUUCACUCAAGUAUCAUGAAGAUAUUGUAGACACACUCUCAUCCAAUCCAAAGGGAAUGCACACUAUUGAGGUCAUUAACCAGGAGCCAUAUAAGGGUAAAGUGAAUAAUCACUUCACUGAUCCUAUGUGUUUCUCGAAGAUGCCGAAACUAAAAUUUCUCAAAAUUAGUAAUGUACACUUCCCUCAAGGACUCGAUUAUCUUUCCAAUGAUCUAAGAAUUCUAGAAUGGUAUGGAUGUUCUUUAAAAUCCUGGCCUUCAAUGUUUGAGCCAAAACAUAUUUUUGAAAUUGAAAUGUGUUCUAGCCAACUUAAAACACUUUGGAAGAAAGAUCUAGAUCUGUCUAAUUUGAGAUCUAUGAACUUCAGUUUCUCAAAUAAUUUGACUUGCAUCCCAAACUUGACAUCAGCAUUGAAUCUUGAGAAAUUAAGUCUUGAAGGCUGCACGAAUUUAACAAGCCUACAUGAAUCAGUUCUUCUCCACAAACGACUACGCUACUUGAAUCUUAAAAGGUGUACAUGUCUUGAAAGCCUUGGAAGAAGUCAUAUGGAAAUGGAAGCUCUUGAGGCACUUCUUCUAUCUGGCUGCUCAAAACUUGAAUAUAUUCCUGAGUUCGGAAAGAACAUGAAGCGCUUGGAGCAACUGUAUUUGGAUGGAACUAGAAUCAAGAAAUUGCCAGAAAAUUUGGGGGAAAUGUGUGAUCUAAGGAAUCUUGAUGUCAGUGGAACCUUUAUUGAAGAGCUUCCGUCUUCCAUUUCUCGUUUAAAGAAACUAAGACUCCUGCAUGUAAAUAGAUGCCUGCUGUCAUUCAAAACAGGAGGCUUUUUGAACCCCAGUUUGGAUACAUUAUCAUCAGGUUUAAAAGAAGUUGACCUAAGCUCUUGCAAUCUAUCUGUGGUUCCAGAUGGUAUUGGUUUGUUAUGUCACUUAAUAACUUUGGAUCUGUCUGGAAAUGAUUUUGUUUCGCUGCCUGCAAGUAUUGGUCUCCUUUCAAAACUAAGAAUGCUAUGUUUGAAUAAUUGCAAGAGCCUUCAAUCAUUACCAAAACUUUCACUAGUAGAUGAGGAUAUGGAUUACGGACCUCGAAGUAGAUUCAAUUACUAUGUUUCCGCCGAAGCGGUUGAUGGGUCUAAAUUCUAUGCAUCAAGCUUCAACAGUUGUCCAAUCGUAUCAUGUUUGAACUGUCCUAAACUGGCAGUGAACAAACGUGGAAGUUAUCUAGCCGAAAAGAUUUUAAAUAGUUACCUUCAGUUGCGGACGAAAUACUGGAUGACACCUGAAGCUGUAUUUGAAAUAGUUGGUGCUGGAAGUGAAAUUCCAUCAGGGUUUUUGCAGCCAGGUUCUGAAGGUUUAUAUCAUGAAGGCCCAUGGAUUGGAGUUGCUAUAUUUGCUGUUAUUUCUCUCAUAUUCAUCUUGGGGAUAAACAUUCAAAAAUUCCCGUCCGCAUAA